GUGUGGGGUUGGUGCUGUGGUGCUUGUGCCUGCCUCUAUCUAUUCUAUCCAUUUGGUGUGAAUGUGAAAGUGUGAGUGAUCUUUUGGAAAUGGCUAACGCAAUUGUAAUAAUGGGUUUUCUGCCCCGACCCAUUGCCAAUAUGACGCCGUUUCAGUUUCCCAAUCGCAGUUACUCCGCUCGCUGCUCCGUUUCUCCCACAUCCCAAUCGACUAAAGCUUUUGCAGUUCCAAGGAGGAAAGCAAUGUCCUUGAUCUUAUCAAGUUACAUUCUCUCAGAGGUUGGUUUAGCAUUGGCUCUGCAGUCUCCUGUGUUCCGCGAAUAUGUGGACACAUUUGAUGGUUAUUCAUUCAAGUACCCAGGGAAUUGGAUUCAAGUUCGAGGUGCUGGGGCUGACAUAUUCUUCAGGGACCCUUAUGUUCUUGAUGAAAAUCUAUCUGUUGAAGUUUCUUCACCUUCAUCUUCCAAAUACAAGAGUGUUGAAGACUUGGGUCCUCCCCAAGAAGCUGGAAAGAAAGUGCUCAAGCAGUAUCUGACUGAGUUUAUGUCUACAAGACUUGGCGUUCGACGUGAAUCAAAUAUUCUUUCCACAUCUUCAAGAGUUGCUGAUGAUGGCAAGUUAUACUAUCAAGUUGAGGUAAACAUAAAGUCAUAUGCUAGUAACAAUGAGCUUGCUGUUAUGCCACAAGACCGGGUGGUGCGUCUGGAAUGGGAUAGGAGGUACCUAUCUGUUCUGGGGGUUGAAAACAACCAACUGUAUGAGUUGAGAUUGCAGGCGCCAGAAAAUGUGUUUGCAGAGGAGGAAAAUGAUCUUCGUCGAGUCAUGGAUUCGUUUCGUGUGGACAAGAUUGCCGGUUAGAACUAGAACGUUGGAUAUAUGAAGAUGUUCUGUGGUCUUGUAAUUUAAUCUUUUUUUCUUUAUUUCUUCUUUAUUUUUAUGACCUGUUUUGGAUUAAUUUCAUUUUUGUCCCUUUUUUAAAUUAAAAUUUUGGCCUUCUGAUUUUAAUUGUAAAAUUGUUGUCUUGUUUUUCGUAUUUAUGCAAGUC